AUGAAGGUUACUGCACAGAUCUUCACCUUCUUCCUCGGAGUGGUUGUAGUGAAGAGUCACCCCGUGCAAAAUGAUAACCCUGUAACUAACAACCUUCGCCAGAAUUAUUUUCCUGAUUACCUCGAAGGCUUUAUUAGUGGACUCGGAUCCUUAUUUGAAAAAAGUGAAAAUCCUCAUAUUUUAGAAGAUAGAGUAUUACCGCAACUUUUUGGUGAUGCGGGCUUCUUUGGUUCCGGUAUAUUUGAUACAGCAGGUCUGCAACAAGGCGGAUUAACUAGACCUGACAGUUUAAAUGGAGGUACAGGAGAAGAAGGUAAUAAUCUACCUUCUCUUGAUACAGGGAUAAACUCAGUAGACGGAAAUGCUGAAAUUGGUGAUAUAGAAGCUAACGUUCCAAGUCAAAAUGAUGUAAAUAAUGCAGUAACUAAUGCUCAAACAUCUGACAUACCAAUUAUAAAUGUGAGUGGACUUCCUAUAGAUAAUGUCAACGGUAUAGAGACGGCAAACUCAAACGAACCGAAUAAUGAAUCUCCGGUAAAUGAAGUUCACGAUAACCGAGAACCAAAGACCAGCAAUGUCGAUGAGGGAUUGAAUACUCUUGCAAAAGAAUCAAUUGCACAAAAUGGCCUCGAAGGAAACAAAGACGAUGUAACUACACUUGAGAAAAUUGCUACAGGAUUUGAUGAUGUUAAUAUCAAAAAUGGUAUAUUAAUGAUUGACCCUGAGAAUAAAAUCAACGAUACUUAUGUAGGCCUUAAUAAAUAUUCUGAUACUAUUGUGUUUCCUGAUGUAAACAAUCGCAUUCCAAUUUAUGUAUUUAGCAAAUCUGGAGCUAACAAUCCUGGUCAAGUUCACAAAUCUGAAAAUUCUGGAACUAGUAAUCCUAGUUCAGUUAAUGUAUCUGACAAUUCUGGAACUAUAUCUGGUCAAAUUUACAAAACUAACACUUCUGAAUCUAACAAUCCUAAUCAGGUUAACGCACUUAGUGAUUCCGGGGAUAACAAUCCUGGCCAAGUUGACAAGCUUGGAAAUUCUGGAGCUAACAAUCCUGGUCAAGCUUAUAACCCAGACAACUCUGCAGCUAACAAACCUGGUCAAGUUUACACCACUGGACAUUCCGGGUCGAUAAAUUCUGGCCAAGUAUAUAUACCUGCAAAUUCUGGAGCAAACAAUGCAGGGCAGAUUUAUUUACCGGGAAAUAAUGGGUUAAAUACACCUGGUCAAGUUUACAUACCUGGAAAUUCUGGUGCUAAUAAUCCCGGUCAAGUGUACGUACUUGGAAAUUCUGGAGUUAACAACAUUGGUCAAAUUAACGUGCCGGGAAACUCAGGAACUAACAGUCCUGGUCAAGCUUACACACCUAGCAAUUCUGGAGCUAACAAUCCUGGUCAAGUUUACACAACUGGAAAUUCCGGACCUCUUAAUUCUGGCCAAGUUUACAUACCUUCAAAUUCUGGAGCUAAUAAUGCAGGACAGAUUUUUUUACCGGGCAAUAAUGUGGCAAAUACACCUGGUCAAGUUUACAUAUACGGUAAUUCUGGAGCUAAUAAUCCGGGUCAAGUUUACGUUCUUGGAAAUUCAGGUGCUAACAAACCAGGUCAAGUUUACGUACUUGGUAAUUCUGCAACUAACAAUCCGGGUCAAGCUAAUUCUGGACAGAUUUACUUAUCAAAUAACGCUGUAGGCUCCAGCAGUCCGACGACAAAUAGUGGAUAUAUUGUUAUUAAAUUAAAUAAUGGCCAAACUAUUCUAAUCCCUACCAAAAACAAACCUUACGGAUCGAAUAACGGACUCAAUAGCCAAACAAAUAAUGGUCAAACGUAUGUUCCAGUAAACUAUAAUCCAGGUGCUGCGACUCCGAAUGGUCAAGGAUAUGCUGUGCUAGGAAAUAAUCCUUCGGGCAACUCGGUAAGUUUGGGAAAUACUGGAAAUACGAAUACGCAAUUGCCCACGAAUAAUGUUCCUUUAUUGAUAUCGUACAAAGAUAAAGAUGGUGAGCGGGAAAAUGAAGAGGAGAGUACAAGCAAAUCUGACUAA